UUCUGAUUUCUGUAAUCAAAUCCACAAAAGAUCCAAUCAAAAUUCAUUCACCCAUCAUCGUUAGUUACACAUCAUCGUCUUCUUCCUCUCGCUCCCUCUGAUAGCGAAACCCUAAAAUACUCUCAGCUGCUACUUUCCGUAACCAAAUCCCGACGAAUUAACCCUUUUUUUUUUUGGGGGGAUAAAAUCAUCGGAGUCUCUUCUCUGGUUCGGCUGUGAUGGGUGCGAGCCGGAAAUUACAAGGCGAGAUAGAUCGGGUGCUGAAGAAGGUUCAAGAAGGUGUUGAUGUUUUCGACAGCAUCUGGAACAAGGUAACGUUUCCUUUCUCUUCACAAUUCUCUGUAUAUUAUUCCAAUAAUUGAUUGUUUUUUUUUCUUCCUUUCUCAAUUUUGUUAAUCGUUGAUAUCGAGAAUGCAUGAAGAUCUAUAGGAAAAUAAUCACUGUGUGUAGAUUCGGAUUGCGAUUGUUAAUUCAUGCAUUGGCUCUUAAUCGAUGAUACUUAGAUUGUGCUAGAUAGGAUUGGUGGAAAUGUCUGUGAUAUUGUUUGGUUUGUUAAUCUUUUGUUAUUUAUAACUUUUCGUUUGUUUUGUUUUGUGAGGUAAAUUUUCCAGUGGAACUCAAUAUCGAGCUCCGUUUGUUUUUUAUGCAGUGGAAUGUAUAUGAUACAGACAAUGUUAAUCAAAAGGAAAAGUUUGAGGCGGACUUGAAGAAGGAAAUCAAGAAGCUGCAGCGGUAUAGAGACCAGAUCAAGACAUGGAUUCAGUCUAGUGAGAUCAAAGAUAAGAAAGUCAGUGCAUCUUAUGAGCAAUCCCUGGUGGAUGCUCGGAAGCUUAUUGAGAAAGAGAUGGAGAGGUUUAAGAUAUGUGAAAAAGAGACCAAGACAAAAGCCUUCUCCAAGGAAGGACUGGGUCAGCAACCUAAAACUGACCCAAAAGAGAAAGCAAAGUCAGAGACAAGGGAUUGGUUGAACAAUGUGGUGAGUGAACUGGAGUCGCAGAUUGAUAGCUUUGAAGCUGAGUUGGAAGGACUGUCUGUCAAAAAAGGAAAGACAAGACCGCCCAGAUUGACUCAUCUUGAGACAUCUAUUACAAGACACAAGGAUCACAUAAUAAAGUUGGAACUGAUCUUGAGGCUUCUGGACAAUGAUGAAUUAAGUCCAGAACAAGUAAAUGACGUCAAAGAUUUUCUGGAUGAUUAUGUUGAACGAAAUCAGGAUGAUUUUGAUGAAUUCAGUGAUGUCGAUGAGCUCUAUAGCACGUUGCCACUAGAUGAGGUGGAGGGUCUUGAAGAUCUAGUUACCGCUGGCCCACUUGUCAAGGGUACUCCUUUAAGCAUGAAGAGUUCUUUGGCAGCGUCAGCAUCUCAAGUUCGGAGCAUAAGUUUGCCAACUCACCAUCAAGAGAAAACAGAGGAUACAUCUUUACCGGAUAGCAGUGCUGAGAUGGUUCCAAAAACCCCUCCGCCAAAGAAUGGUGCAGGCCUUCACUCAGCACCAUCAACACCUGCCGGAGGACGUCCAAGUUUGAACGUGCCUGCCGGUAAUGUUUCAAAUACAUCAGUUACCUUAUCAACUUCUAUUCCUACUCAAACUUCCAUAGAAAGCAUGGGGAGUUUGUCUCCCGUGGCUGCCAAGGAAGAAGACGCAACAACCUUGCCUUCUCGUAAACCACCCUCAUCUGUUGCGGAUACUCCAUUGAGGGGCAUUGGUAGAGUUGGUAUCCCCAACCAACCCCAACCAAGCCAGCCUCCGUCUCCUAUUCCAGCUAACGGGUCUCGCAUUAGUGCAACUUCAGCUGCUGAAGUUGCAAAGAGAAAUAUAAUGGGAGUUGAGAGCAACGUCCAACCUCUUACUUCUCCACUGAGCAAAAUGGUGUUGCCACCAACUGCAAAGGGUAAUGAUGGAACUGCCUCUGAUAGCAACCCUGGUGAUGUUGCGGCUAGUAUUGGUAGAGCUUUUUCACCAUCUAUUGUAUCUGGUUCGCAGUGGAGGCCUGGUAGUCCCUUUCAGAGUCAGAAUGAAACGGUUCGUGGGAGAACUGAAAUAGCACCAGACCAAAGAGAGAAAUUCUUACAGAGAUUACAGCAAGUACAGCAAGGCCAUGGUAACCUCUUAGGCAUACCUUCUUUAUCUGGAGGAAACGAGAAGCAGUUUUCUUCACAACAGCAAAAUCCUCUUUUACAGCAGAGCUCUUCCAUCUCUCCUCAUGGAAGCUUGGGAAUCGGAGUUCAGGCACCAGGUUUUAAUGUCAUGAGUUCUGCCUCCUUACAGCAGCAAUCAAAUGCCAUGAGUCAACAAUUGGGUCAGCAACCUUCUGUUGCAGAUGUAGACCAUGUCAGAAAUGAUGAUCAAUCCCAGCAAAACUUACCUGAUGAUUCAGCUUCCAUAGCAGCUUCAAAAGCUAUUCAAAGUGAGGAUGACUCUAAAGUUCUAUUUGAUACUCCGUCGGGAAUGCCCAGCUACAUGUUGGAUCCAGUACAAGUAUCUAGCGGUCCUGAUUUCUCUCCUGGACAACCUAUACAACCGGGUCAAUCUUCAAGUAGCCUCGGGGUCAUUGGACGGAGAAGUAACUCUGAGUUAGGAGCCAUUGGUGACCCUUCAGCUGUAGGGCCAAUGCAUGAUCAAAUGCACAAUCUCCAGAUGCUUGAAGCUGCUUUUUACAAACGUCCUCAACCCUCAGAUUCAGAACGUCCUAGACCCUAUUCUCCGAGGAACCCAGCAAUCACACCUCAAACAUUUCCCCAAACACAAGCACCAAUCAUAAACAACCCUUUGCUCUGGGAACGGUUAGGCAGCGAUGCUUAUGGAACCGAUACUUUGUUCUUUGCGUUCUACUAUCAGCAGAACUCAUACCAGCAAUAUCUUGCUGCAAAAGAGCUGAAGAAACAGUCAUGGAGAUACCACAGGAAGUUCAACACUUGGUUUCAGAGACAUAAAGAGCCAAAGAUUGCAACCGAUGAAUAUGAACAAGGAGCCUACGUUUACUUCGAUUUCCAAACCCCGAAAGACGAGAAUCAAGAAGGAGGAUGGUGCCAAAGGAUCAAAAACGAGUUCACAUUUGAAUACAGUUAUCUUGAAGAUGAACUCGUCGUAUAGAAUAGAGAGAGAUGCAUGUUUGUAUAUACUCUCGAGCAAGUGUGUUAUUAUUUCCUGCGACUAUUUGUACUCUUCUUUUCAAUAAACUAAUUACUUUUAGUUUCAACAAGUUGAAAUUCUUCGUUAACGACUCUUAAAGACAAUAAAAGCCAGAGUAUCAUCAUGA